GGGAACUUUCUGAGCAUAGGGAUGGGUUGUAGGGGGGCGCUGAGGCGAGAGGUGAGGGACUCCCUGGUUCUUAGGCUCUGCUCAGGACGACCGGCUAAGGGCCUUGAUAGCAAGGCCCCCUUUCUUGUCAAAAUGGCAGCGCCCAGCAUGCUGGGGAGGUAUCUCUAAGGUGGGGAGGGGGUGCGGCGGGUAAGAGACCACCCAGGAGAGUAAGCAGCGUACCGCACUUCAGAUUUUGAAACACCCAGGGACCGCCAUAUUACUUUCUACAGUGGCCUCACCAGUUUGCAUUUCCGUCAGUGGUGUGCCAGGCUUCCUAUUUCUCCAGAUCACAGAUACUGUCUCCUUUGGGAUUAAAACAGACUAAAAGACUCUGUGAAAUAAGUUUCUACAAUGAUUUGUUCGACACUCAGGAGAGUUGGCCACGUGCAUAUCUACCUGGUGAGGAAGGCCAGCGGUGUCUCCAAAGGCCAUCAUCAACAAACUGUGGGCUCAAGACCUGCUGCUUCAGAGUUUGCUGCCCGAGGAGCUUCGGGCAACGUGCUGGAGCUGCUGGGCAAAUCCUACCCUCAGGACAACUACAGCAACCUCUCCCGGAAAGUUCUCUCCAGGGUUGGUAGGAAUCUGCACAAUCAGCAGCAUCACCCUCUUUGGCUGAUCAAGGAGAGGGUGAAGGAACACUUCUACCAGCAGUAUGUGGGCCGCUUUGGGACUCCGCUGUUCUCAGUUUAUGACGACCUUUCUCCAGUGGUCACCACCUGGCAGAACUUUGACAGCCUGCUCAUCCCAGCCGACCACCCCAGCCGGAAGAAGGGAGACAACUAUUACGUGAAUGGGACUCACAUGCUGCGAGCUCACACGUCCGCGCACCAGUGGGACCUGCUGCGUGCUGGGCUGGAUGCCUUCCUGGUGGUAGGUGAUGUCUACCGGCGCGACCAGAUCGACUCCCAGCACUACCCAGUGUUCCACCAGCUGGAGGGUGUCCGACUCUUCUCGAAGCAUGAGUUAUUUACUGGCAUAAAGGAUGGAGAAAGCCUGCAGCUCUUUCAACAGAGUUAUCGUUCUGCCUAUAAACAGGAGACACAUACCAUGGAGGCCACAAAGCUCGUUGAAUUUGACCUUAAGCAAACGCUUACCAGGCUUGUGACACAUCUUUUUGGAGAUGGACUGGACAUUAGGUGGGCAGACUGCUACUUCCCUUUUACUCAUCCUUCCUUCGAGAUGGAGAUCAACUUCCACGGAGAAUGGCUAGAAGUUCUUGGCUGUGGGGUGAUGGAACAGCAACUAGUAAAUUCAGCUGGUGCUCAAGAUCAGAUUGGUUGGGCUUUUGGCCUGGGAUUGGAAAGACUGGCCAUGAUCCUCUAUGACAUCCCUGAUAUCCGCCUCUUCUGGAGUGAGGAUGAGCGUUUCCUGAAGCAGUUCCGCGUGUCAGAUAUCAACCAGAAGGUGAAAUUUCAGCCUCUUAGCAAAUAUCCUGCUGUGAUAAAUGACAUCUCAUUCUGGUUACCCUCUGAGAAUUAUACAGAAAACGAUUUCUAUGACUUAGUACGAACAACUGGAGGAGACCUGGUGGAAAAAGUUGAACUGAUAGACAAGUUUGAACAUCCAAAAACAACCAAAUUAAAUCUGGGAGCUGGCCAUUCCUCCUACUUGGAGCACCAGGAUUUUACUUUUCCAGGAGGUACGUUCCAGGGCCCCCAGAGGAUGCCUGAAACUGCAGAGAGUGCCAAACCCUGUAUAUGCUAUGUUUUUCCUCUACAUAACAUAUCACACCUGUGAUAAAGCUUAAUUUAUAAAUGAGGUACAGAAAGAGAUUAACAACAAUAAUAUAAUAGAACUAUAUAACAAUGUACUGUAAUAAAAGUUAUGUGAAUGUGGUCUCUCUCUCUCUCUCUCUCUCUCUCUCUCUGUCUCUCUCAAAACACCUUUACUGUGUUUUGAUGUACUAUAUCAUCCUUCUUAUGAUGUAAGAUGACAAAAUGCAUACAUGAUGAGAUGAAGUGAGGUGAGUGACAUAGACAUUAGGCUAACUACUGACCUGCUGAUAAUAGGUCAGAAGGAGGACUGGUUGCUUCCAACUGCAGUAGACCAUGGGUAGCUGGAACCCUGGAAAGGAAAGCUGUAGACAAGCGGGGGAAGUCUGCUCAUACUAUACACAUAUGUACAUAUGUGUAUGUGUAAUGUGUAUAUGUAUAUGGACUGUAACACACUUAUACAUAUAUAUGUGUACACAUAUAUAUUAUAUAAGACCUAUUUCAGAUACCGGUAGCUUCUCAUUUUCAGGGGACAAGUUCAUUGCUAUGGAGAACUAUAAAUGUAGAACAUUAAAGGCUUAACCAUGAGCUAUGCUGAUCCAGGACAAUCCAUGUAUAGUGCUCUUCUAAAUAUUCUGAAUCCAAGAUGUGUCUCUUUUCUUUUAAGUCACUUGACCAUUGUUUAAGCUUUCUGAUUAUUUGGAUUAAGGGCUAAUGAUGGUUUACUCCAAGCUAAAACUGUUACUUUGAAAAUAUAAACUCUUAAUUUUAAAACCUUUUGGAAUAUCUCAACUUCUUCUUUCCCCUUUUAAAACUGUAAUUGAGAGUUGACAUUCUAGCGUAUCCUGUCUUUGCCCUGCUUGUAGAAUCUAACCCAGCACCUCAGGAAGAAGAAUGGAAGAGGAUUUUUUUAAAUGUCAAAAAAUAAAAAUAGAACUUCCUCCUGUGCAUCUCACUCUAGCUUCUGUGGCAGACCUCGGAUGCCUGCUUUCUAGGAUUAGAUAAGAAAGUCAUUUGCACAGCUGUAAACAACUUAAAAGAAGGGCAAAUUUGAAAUGCACUGUGUUCAUGAUUUGAAUCCAAUGUGCCAGUAGGGCAGGCACAGAAGGAUGGGGCCUCCAAGUGAACUCACUAGGUGCAUCAGACCCUCCACAGCCCAGUCUUUGCCUUCAGAGCUCCCUCUGCGUCCUCAUGACAUUCCAGGGCCACAUCCUCCAUGAGCAUGUUUCCGCUGGGCCUGACCCUGCAGUGCCCACCAUCUUGACAUAAACAUGGCCCCAUCCCAGAGAGAUGGGACUGAAGGAGUGACACUAAGAGCUUGAAACAUGAGUCCCAGGAAGAAACUUGAUUAGCCGCUUUUUAAAGAAAUGGUUUUUUAGAUUAAGGAAAUAAAAAGUUCCACUCUAAGAAAAACUCUAUCUACACACACACACACACACAAAUUUUCUUCCUGGAGGAGGAAGCAAAUGUAUGUGGGUGAAACAAGGAACUGAAAUAAUAAUCCAGCUUUGAUCAAAACUCCUUGUUAUAGUGUUCCCUCUGAAAAUGAUUUCUAAUCAAUGAGCGCUACCACAGAGCACCAAGGAGUAAUUACCUUACAUGUGUUUCACUCUGAGCUGUGAUUAGAAACAAGAUGUGAGAUCAGAGGGGCAUAAAACGAAUGUAAGAAGGAAAAAAAUCUCAGAUAAGAGCUGAAAUGCGCAGGCUGUGGGAUAUUUAAUAAGUUGGAGGCUUGUUCCAGGUAGUGAUGUCGACAUUUCAUUCAUUUACUUGGUUAACAUUUCCCUGCUGCACUGACGAUAGCAGCAGGGUGUUCAGGUGACUUCUCACAUUCUGCCCUUAUAUGCAACGACAGGGCAAACAGCUGGCUCCCAUUGAAGUAUGAGCAUUAGUUCACAGGUGUUCAGGUAGCAGAGAGGGAUUUGGGCUCCUAACCCUGCACCUGCACAUUUCCCAGUGGUUAGGAGCCAGUUUUCAGCAUGGACUGCUUGGUUCAUGCUCCAGCCUGAGCAGUAGUGGAACCCGGGCCUUAUGAGCCCAAGAUGAGAGGUAGGGGCCUGGGAAAGGGACUCAUACACUUGGAACAGUUCUACCAGUGAAAGAAAAACUUGAGAUGCUAGGGGCAAGUGUGUGGUGGGAUUAUUGAGAAGGUGAAGACCCCUUGGUCUGUUGAGGAGAGAGGAGGUCUUUGGCCCAAAGUGUUUGCUGGGCAUUUACUGAACCCAUGAGAAAGACUUUCUUUUUAUUUUUUCUUUUUGAAUUAGUGUUUUUCUUUUUUUUUUUCUUUUAUUCAAAACCAAGUUAGUUACCAUAUAGUGUAAUAACGAUUUCAGGAGUAGAAUUUAGCGAUUCAUCACUUACAUUUAACACCCAGUGCUCGUCCCAACAAGUGCCCUCCUUAAUGCCCAUCGCCUGUUUAGCCCAUCCUCCCCCAAUACCCUGCCAGCAACCAUCAGUUUGUUCUCUGUAUUAAGGAGUCUCUUAUGGUUUGUCUCCCUCUCUCUUUUUAUAUUAUUUUGCUGCCCUUCCCAUAUGUUCAUCUGGUUUGUUUCUUAAAUUCCACAUAAGAGUGAAAUCAUAUGAUAUUUGUCUUUCUCUAACUUAUUUCGUGUAGCAUAAUGAACUCUAGUUCGAUCCACAUUGUUACAAAUGGUAAGAUUUCAUUGUUUUUGAUGGCUGAGUAAUAUUCCAGUGUGUAUGUGUGUAUACAUACCACAUCUUCUUUAUCCAUUUGUCAGUUGAUGGACAUUGGGCUCUUUCCAUACUUUGGCUAUUGUUGAUAGUGCUGCUAUACACAUUGGGGUGCAUGUGCCCCUUCAAAUCAGCACUCCUGUAUCCUUUGGAUAAAUACCUAGUAGUGCUAUUGCUGAGUCAUAGGGUAGUUCUGUUUUUAAUUAUUGUCCAGAGUGGCUGCACCAGUUUGCAUUCCCACCAGCAAUGCAAAAGGGUUCUUCUUUCUCUGUAUCCUUGCCAACAUCUGUUGUUGCCUGAGUUGUUAAUUUUGGGCAUUUUGACAGGUGUGAGGCAUCUCAUUGUGGUUUUGAUUUAUAUUUCCCUGAUGAUUAGUGGUGUUGAGCAUCUUUUCAUGGAUGAAAUGAUGAAAUCCAGCCAUCUGGAUGUCUUCUUUGGAAAAGUGUCUAUUCAUGUAUUUUGCCCAUUCUUCACUGGAUUUUUUUUUUUUUUUUGAGUGUUGAGUUUGAUAAGUUCCUUAUAGAUUUUGGAUGACUCUGUAUCUGAUAUGUCAUUUGCAAAUAUCUCCUCCCAUUAUGCUGUUUGCUUUUUAGUUUUGCUGAUUGUUUCCUUCACUGUGCAGAAGCUUUUUAUCCUGAUGAGGUUCCAAUAGUUUAUUUUUGCUUUUGUUUCCCUUGCCUCCAGAGACAUGUCAAGUAAGAAGUUGCUGUAGCCAAAGUCAAAGAGGUUGUUGCCUGUUUUUUUCUUGAGGAUUUUGAUGGUUCCCUGAGGAAGAGUUUCUGAACUCCUAAGACUAUAUGGUGAACAUAUAAUGAAAACACCUGCACACCAAGAAGCAGAAGUGUUCACUCUGAUGACCAUCCUGCAGUAGGGCAAUGCUCAGGCGCAGAAUGUUACUUUCGUUUGUCAGUAAGACAGAGGAUCCCUCCACAACGUGAUCACUAUUCAGCCACAGCACAGACCUGCUCCUUCCUUUCCUUGAGAGGUGCCAGUUGUGUGCACCGAUUCCUUUUAACCCUUGUCUCCAAAGAACUGAAAGAAUAUCAGCAUUUUUACACACGUGAUCUUGAAUAGCCUCUCAGCAUGUUUAGCGUAUGAUUUCCUUAAAAGCAUUCUUACUAGGUGAUACUCUUCCCAGAGAAAAGCUUGGAGGUCCAAGGUUUGAUCUACCAGUUUUAAACUCACUAUCAGUGGCUCACUUAUCUUAUGAUGUUCCUAAGGUUUCAACCUGCAUCCCUACUCCCAGUAGGUGAUAAUAUAGUUUUUAAAAUUCUUAUCCUUUGCCAAAGGAUGGAAAGAAGCUAGAAUGAGUGACAGGUUUACUGUAGUGUCAUUCCCUGAAUAUGUUUACAAAUGGGAAUAGCUACAAAUGCAGGAUCAUCGAGAGCUCACCUUAAUGUAACUUAGAAAAUGGACCAAAUAAACUCCCACCCCAUAGUUGACCCAGGUCUUGUGAUUCUGAAGAAGUGACAUUUAGCACAGUAUAGGACCUUACCGAAUUUCUUUGCUUUAAAAACGUACCAGUUGACUUGGGUAAGACAUUCUUUACACCUUCAGGGAUACUUAAACACUUCCUAUGUUAUUCUGGAAACCUUUCACCCAGCAGUAAAUAUUAUCAACCUCUGAAACAGUGAAUGACAGUCAGCCUGCCACUGGUGUAAAAUCAGGGACCGGAACAGAGCACCUUUCCCUGAUGCAGUCAGAAUUAAGACAGCCAGAAUGUGCCUUAAGUAUCUAAGAAAAACUUGACCAAAGCACAGGGCCACUGCGUCUGUUGUUAUUUUAGAUUUAUUCAAUUAGAGUCCCAAGCAAAGUAAAUUGAGCUGUGUGGCUGAUUUGAAUAUUUCCUUGGAAGAGAGUAUAAAGAGAUUAACAAACCCUAAGGGACUAGGAAGGAGAGUGCCAGGCUCCUCCUUCUGUCCCCACACUUGGGCCGCCUUUUACAGAUUUGUUUACAAAGGACCAGAACCAAAGCAGGAGAGCAGACGUGCCUUUUGUUCAGUGCCUCACAGUCCUUUCUCUGCUUCAUCAUCGUCAGAAAUUUCCUCCGUGUGUGUGUGUGUGUGUGUGUGUGUGUGUGUGUGUCUGAGAGACAGAGGGUAUGUGUGUGAACUACAGCAAAAUCAAAGCUGGCAUGUGUGGAAGCUUUCAAGUUGAGGAAGGAGGCCCAUCCUGAGAACGGGGGACAUUUGGUCCUGUUGAAUUGUGCCUUUGUCUUGGCAUUUGUGUUGUCUGGCACAGUCGGCUGCAUUAAAUUGACCUGGUGCCACAAAAAAAUUGGCACAUGAGAAAUGUUAAAUUAACUGCACAGGACUCACAUUUCCUUAGGCUGUAGGGUAAGUUAACUAUGCGUUUCAACAGAGAGCUUCCUCCGUUCUACCGUCUUCAGUGCCAUGUGGCGAUUGGUUGUCUCCCACUUCAUUCAAAGACUGAGGCAUUUUUACACGCGUUUUACUCAUGAUUUAACAGAGGUACGGGAAUAGGUUGAUGCCAGGGAGGCCAUCCUGUUUUCAGGACGCAAGUGGUGUUUUUAAAUCAAGUCUUUCAUGCUUUGGCAGAUUGAGAUGGCAGUGAGUUUUCGAGUAGAGUAGGAAGCUGGACUGAGGACAGAGAGGGAGCAGUAGGGGGAAACACCGAGGACAAUGGAGAGGCCUUCUUGGGGAUUACUUUUCACUUUUAAUCAUGACUUUUCAAUGUCUUUCUUAUUCCCUUGGGUCCUCACUGUUUUCAGGGUAUGUCCAAUGCUGCUUAACAAAUAAAGUCUACAGUAUUAGAUUAGGAAAGAAUAUAUCUAGGCUGCAGGGGCUCUGCCACUAACCAGCUAUUGACCUUGGACUUAUCUCUGAGAACCCACUUCCCAUCUGUGAGAUGAGGGAGGGGCUGGGGUCAUGCCAUUCUCUCUGUCUAUUCCAGAGCUCCCCAUCCGUGGUCUGCAUCUCAUGGCCUUGGAUUCCCAUCUGUGGCUCCUCUUCUCCAAAGCAGAAGAAGAAUUGCCUAAUGGGGUUUGGAUGAGCAAUUCAUUUAUUAAAACUGUUAUGGUUCUCCUAGCUCCUUGUAAGUAUUUUUAUCAGAGAAUACCUAGGGAGGGGAGAUGAAACCCAUCACUCCUUUACUUGUUAUUAGCACUGAUGAGUUUGAGAUUUAGGAGGAGAAUGAAAACAGUGGCCCAGAUGUGUCUUUGGUUUAGUUUUGUUUGCUGUGUUCCUCCCCCACAGUUAGUAAGGGCAUGACUGUUCUUUUACCACUUUAUUCCAUCCCGAGCAGGGAGUUUGACUUUGGGCUGGCCUCCCUUUUCCUGCCUCCUCUUUCCCUUCCUUCCUGGCAGGCACCAAUGUCUUAUUUAUCUUUGUACCCUAAGCAUAGUAUUUGGCACAUAACAGAUGAUCCAAAUGUAUUUGUCAACUGCCUUGGUUCAAAAAGUAGACCAAGAAUAUGAGAAGGAAUACUUGGAAUUAACACUGGAAAUUAAUGUGAUCAACCAUGUCCUAAAAAUAAAAUGAAAUUAACAUUAUAAGCUAGGAAAGACAGAGCAUGCACACAUUUGCCAGCCUGGACUUGAAUAAAUGUUGGCAAGAGUUAUCGAAAAAAGUUUGGGGAUGGAUCGAUCACUUCUUAUUUCUGUAGCAUCUUGGAAAAUUUGUAGCUUGCUCUAUCAAACACUCUGCAAUCACUGCUUUCUUCAUUCAGAAAGUUAGAGAAGCUCAUCCCUUACACCUUGAGAACAACAGAGCUAAAACCAGGUUCAAAAUAAAGCAUGACCUCUUGGGUUAGGCUUAUUCCUAAGAUAUCUUACAGCUUUUGGUGCAAAUGUAAAUGGGAUUGAUUCCUUGAUCUCUCUUUCCGCUGCUUCAUUUUUGGUGUAUAGAAAUGCAACCAAUUUCUGUACGUUGAUUUUAUAUCCUGCGACUUUGCUAAAUUCACAUAUCGGUUCUAGCGGUUUUUUGGUAGUCUUUCGGGUUUUUCACAUAGAGUAUCAUGCUUCGUGUGGAAUUUAAGAAAUAAAACAGAUGCACAUAAGGGAAGGGAACCAAAAAUAAGAUAAAAACAGAGAGGGAGACAAACCAUAAGAUACUCUUAAAUACAGGGAACAAACUAAGUGUUGCUGGGGGGAGGCACUAAAUGGGUGAUGGGCAUUAAGGAGGGCACUUGUUGGGAUGAGCACUGAGUGUUAUAUGUAAGUGAUGAAUCAGUAAAUUCUACUCCUGAAACUGCUACACUGUAUGUUAAGUAACUUGAAUUUAAAUAAAUAAAUUAGAAAAUAAUAAAGCAUGGCAUCUACUGUAGAAGAGUCACAUGGUGAAAUGACUAGAAUUAAAAGGUAAAAUACCAACAUGUGCUUUAACAUCCACAGAAUAAUCAAUGAGUGAUACCACCACACCUCCAGUUUCUAGAUUCUCCCCCAUUUUGCAACUCCUGCCAUUAGCUUGUAACCUUAGGAUUAACAGCAGGAAAUCUGGGGCCAGACUGCCUGGGUUCUAAUGAUAGCUCUGCACUCACUUGCUGUUAUUUUAAUCUCUCUACCUCAGUUUCCUGAUCUGUAAAAUGGGGGUAAUAAUAAUUCCAACUACAUCCGGAGCGUUGUGAGAAAUGAAUGAAUCAAUACAUGUAAAGUGCCAGGCACGCUGCCUCCUGGUCUCAGUGACAACUGUUUCUCACUGAAAACAAUUACUGUAUACCAUUGUUUGGUUUAUAAGUAGUCUGAGAGACAUGGGAUAAUUUCAGAAAAAUUCUCAUUGAAAAUCUCAUGUAUGCUGAACCAGGGUGGAUUCAUUAAAUUAAAUGCCAAACCUGACAUUUCUUAGCACCCAGCCAGCCUCUUUUGCCAACUCACUAAAUUUGUGUGCCUCAUUCAGACUUCAGAAAAGGGACCGGCUUCCUGAGUGGCGCCCCCAGUCCCUGCUGUCAUUUGCUGGCAAGAAUACGAGACAUCCCCAAAUCUCCGGGCCGUCUGUACUCCAGCCUAAAUUUCUAGUCCAAUGUCCCAUCCAGCUAUCCUGGGCCUGUCCCUCUCCCUGCCUGGGUGCUACACGACAGGGCUCUGUGUGCCUGCAGUGGGAGCCAUUGCUUGCCUCCCUCUCCCUGUGCCUGGGGACCCACUCACACUAAGUUGGAGGGGGGGAGGGAGGGAAGAAACAAGGGUUUUUUGGAACCACGAUCUCUGGUGAAUUUCCUUCCUCGGAUCCUAUAUAAUGAGCUCUGGAACUCCUUUGCUUCCUUUGUGAUUUCUUUUGUCAUCUUUGCCUUCUCCUUCUUUUUUUUUUUUUUUUUUUUUUUUUUUUUUUUUUUUUUUUUUACUGUUUGUCUGCCUUUACCCUUCAAAGAAUUCAAAUCCUAAAACUAGUUGUUGUUUUUUUUUUAAACCAACUCUCUUUAUUUGAGGAAUAUCAUUCGAGUCCACUAGCCUUCUUUAUUUUCUUUACAGCUUUUUUUAAUGCUGUAAAAAUAUUAUUUAUUAAUAUGUUUAAUGUCUGUCAACAAAUACACCCCUCCCUGUAGGGACAAGAACCUUUUCUGUAUUGCUUAUGCUAUAUCCUCAGGUUCCAGACAAUCCCUGGCACUUAAUAGGUGCUCAGUUAGUUAUUGAGUGCAUUAAUGUUACAUAAAACAACAUGGUCAUCUAUGUGUAUAUUGUCUGUGGGCUAAUAGCCAAGGAUUGGACUUAGGAGCUCCUCAUUACUGUUUUGACAGUCUUGUUACAAAAUGUCUUAAAAAAUCACUGAAGCACACCAUGCUCCAGUUUGUCAGAGGGUUAAUUUCUAUAAUUACAGUGGUCGGUAAAUCUUCCUUGAUGAGUCUUAUAGAAUUAUGGGUGAUGUGAAAAGGUAUAUAGUUAGCAUGUGUUUGUGCUGCGCAUAUAUCUCUCAUCCAUGCUGUAUGUAUAUUUUAAGGAACAUUUCUUUGAUGCUGCGUUUUUUUCUAUUUAUGUCUUCACCAUAAAAAUAUAAAUAGAUCGUUUAUCUCCGGUAUCCUUCACGUAGCUUGCAUCAUUUCACUUUUUUAAACUUUUACAUAACCGAAGUUCUAUCCCCAGAAUACAUUGUUUGGAAGAUCUGAGUGGCUGGGAGCAACCCUGGAGACACUGGGGCCAGCUUCUAGUGACCCCCAAGGCUUAUUGCAGGGCCAGGAACUGUGGGCACUGGCUGCUGGGUAAUCUAUUCCCAGUAACAUCAUGCGGGACACCUGCUAUGUUCGCCCUGCCUGGCACCAGACCACAAGCCAUUUAAAGGUAGAGCUGAUUUUUGUUCAUUUUUGUAUCCUCCACAAAGUAUAAUCCAACUCUUUGAACAUAGUAGAUAUUUUGGUCUCCAGUGAAUUUGUAACAUAAACAUUUUGUCUUUUCAAUUGAGAUGUAACUGCAUGUAACAUUAUGUCAGUUUCAAGUGUACAACAUAAUGAUUUGACAUUUGUAUAUGUUGUGAAAUGAUCACCACAAUUAAGUCGAGCUAGCAUUUGUCAGUAUACAGUUACAAAGUUUUUUUGUGUGUAUAUACAUAAACAUUUCUUUUUUUACAUUUGUUUAUUUGUUUAUUUAUUUUGAGAGAGAGAGAGAGAGACAGAGAGCAAGCUAGGGAGGGGCAGAGAGAGAGAGGGAGAAAUACUCAGCAGGCUCUACACUGUCAGUGCAGAGCCUGACAUGGGGCUUUAACCCACAAACUGGGAGAUCAUGACCUGAGCCAAAACCAGGAGUUGGACGCUUAACCAGCUGAGCCACCCACAUGCCCCUGCAUAAACAUUUCUUGAAUAUGGUGACAACAAGAAAAAUAAAAUAUCACUUGGAAUUUAUUUACCAUGGACCACUAGAUAUUAUGCUUAAUAUACAAUAUCUCACUUAAACUGAUCGCAGCUUGAUGAAGUGACUGCUAUGACCCUUGUCAUUUUAUAGCAGAGAAGAUCAAGGCUUAGAGAACUUAUGUAGCUUUCUCAUAGUCCACAUGAGUAGUACGUGACAAAGCUGGGAUCCGAACCCAAGCCUGUGUGAUUCUAGAGCUGUACUCUGAUACUCUAGCUGUGCAGAAAAGACUAAUGCUGAUGGGGACCCACAGGACAAGUUUGUCAUAUGGAGUCCAGGGUUCAUCAUGAGGAGAUAACCAUGACCAUUGAUGAGUGGGACCUAGAAGUACCCCUGUCUUUGACUUUUUGAUAGAAAGACCUCAGACAUUUUCUGAGAAGGCUUUGUUUUGUUUUGUUUUUUUAAUUUCCUGGGAGUCUUUUGAUCACUGAAAAAGGUAACAGUUGGCAUUCACAAUACUGGGCAAGGACCUUUCUGUUGGAGGCAUUCCCUUCCCUUCUAGAAACCCUUUCAAACUGAGGUCAGAGGGCUAAGCCAGGGCUUUGGGUAGAAUUCAUGGAGCAAAAGUGUAACAUUUACAACAAGGUGUGGAAUGGGGCCUUCUGGCGACAUUAGGCUGAGAGACAUCACCUGAAUCUUCAAGGUCUAAUGGUAUUUAUCUUGGUACUGAUUUUAAAGUGGAACACACUCUAGUAGGUGACUCCUGUUGGAAGAGGAGUGUGCUCUCGUGGAAGGGGUGAGGUUUUAGGAUCAGGCAGACCUGAGUUCAGGUUCUGAUUUCAUUUCUUACUGAUUUUUAUGAGCUUCCACAAAUUACACACCUUCUCCUGGUACCUCCAAUUGCCUUACCUAAGAAGUGUGGUUAACAGACUUCUGAAUAAAGAAGCAUUAACCUCAGUUACCUCUCAAGAUACCAUUACUGUAACAGUAAAGUUUUGCUUAUUUAUUUAUUGUGGCAUAACUUAAUUAAAGAUUAAGUGAAUAGGAGACAUCAGCUACAUAAUUGUGGAAGCUGAGAAGCAGUUGGAGAAGUGGUAGCUAUUUAAGGAGACCCUGAAAGCUGAAAUCCAAGUUAGCAGUGGGGAAAUCCAAGAAGCAACCCAACCUAAACUCCAGUAUCCAUUAGUAGUACUGGUCCCUCUGGAGUGAGGGGUCAGGGGUGGGCGGUAAAGACAGGGCUAAAACAGGAAGCAGAACUCCAGAUUUUCUCCCCAGUUCUGUGUAAUAUGUACUGCUACAACCCAGUAACUGACAAGCUUUUAUCUUGAUAGAAGGCUAAAGAUUUAUCUCUGGAGAGGAUAAAGCAGAGGAUCUCUGGUUUGGUGGAUGAAGUAAAAGUUUACUAGCUGGAUACUGAGACCUCCAACUUCUUCACCCACUCGUCUCCCUGAAUCUUAGCCACUUGUGUUACCAUCCCCACCCUUACCCCACUAGGGGAUUGGAAUAGCCAUUCUGGGAAUCUUACCAGCCUGUGAGAAAAGAGCUUAAUAUACUGACAGGGGUUCUCCAAGAAACAGAGCAUACGAAUUAUUCUUCAGUGAAGUCCCUCUCCUGAUACCUCAGUUACCUUACCUAAGAAGUACGGUUAAUAGGCCUCUGAUUAAAGAUGGCGGAUUAAAACAAGCAUUAACUUCAGUUACCUGUCAAGAUGCUAUUACACUAACAGCACAGAUUUACAGUGACAGUAAAGCCCUAGUCUUGCACGAGACACAUGCAAAAACACACAGGGCUCCCAGCAGCUCACGCUGAAAUAUGAACACAUAUCCAAGAAGUACCAGGCAUUUGCAAAGUAGGACCAAAGCAAAAAUGAAAACAAGUGCAGCUUGAAGGAUCCAUAAGAAAACGUGCAUUUUCACAUUGAAAGGACAGACUAAGUACCCAGGGCAAUGAACAAAAUGGGAGUCACAUCAAGACUCUCAGGGCCUGACAGAGUGAUGGAGACAAAAGAGAAGAUGCGCAAACCUGAGAGAGAGACAGAAUAUGAAUCAGGAGUUAGAAUGACAUCAUAUGUCUUGGCAGUAGCUCUAGAAACCAGAAGAACAAUGCCUUCAAAAGCUUAACAAAAAUAAUUUUCAACCCAGCAUCUGAUGCUUGGCCAUACCAUCCAUCAAACCUCAAGGUAGAAGGGUACUUUCAGACUACCAGAGGACGUUCCACCAAAGUGAGAAGCCAAGACAAGACUCAUGAGGAAGAAGACCCAACAUCAGAGAAAGGCAAAGGGCGUCCCCAGGAUGCUGGAGAACGACCAUCCCAAAGCCCUAGCUAUGGUGCAGUCUUCCAGAGGGUGAUCCAUCCAAUUGGAGCAGAUCACAAGGCUCCAGGGAGGCUUUAGCAGGAUAAAAUGAUUGAAUACUUAACAACAGCCAUCAUCACUUACACUUACUGCAAAGUCACUGUAUAUCGGAUACAAUUUAGUUGAAUCUGAAGAGUAGCAGUUAUUAGAUGAUCAUUAUUAUCUUCCUUGUACAAAUGAGGCACUCAGUGCCUUAAUAAUUAGUCUAAAGUUACACAGCUAGUUAGUGGCAAAGUGAGAUUUGAACCCAAGGCAGUGCACACUCAUAACCACUGCACCAUGUCUUCCACCCCCUGCACAACAGGAGAAGAGCAUGGAAAUGCACACAUUUGUAGAAACAACACAGAUGAAAAUCAACAUGGUUAUUAAAGCCAGGGAGAACAAAAAGUUGCACAGAAAAAAGAAAAGUAAUCAUAGUCUCUGCAUUCACUGAAUGGUGAGCUAACUAAAGUCUCAACGUGCUUUUAUUGGGAUGACAGUGGGACAUACGCACGUGCAGAAUGGUGGUGUGGGAGGAAUGGGGUGUGGAGGAGCUCAGUGCCUUUCUUCUGGUACGCAGAGCUAAUAUAUAAUGCUGAAAACGAAAAACAAACAAAACUCCCAACAAGACAUAGCAAUAACAGUCUGUUAUUUAAAGAUCCAGAGAGAAAUACCAAGCGCAUCCCCUGGAAGAGGUGAACGCAGGUUGCCACUGGGAAGCUGACUAUGGCAGGAUUGGGCUGGGGGCUGCAGUCUUUGGGAAUAAGCCCUUAGAAUGAUUCGGCUCUCCAAAUAUGUGCAAAUAUAACUUUUCUAAAAUUUAGUUUUCAUUUUUAUCAAGGAAUAAUUGGCAGGACUGUUCAAGAAUAAAUCUGCUUUAUCUUCCUCCAAAGCCGAUAAAUAUUAAUUGUCUUCCCUCUUUCUUUCAAAGCACCAAUUUCCCGUCACAUGUAGAAAUCAAAAGACUGGCAUGUGUUUGUGCUGCCUGACCACUUUCCAUGGCACAGCUACCCUUCGGCCCUUUCAUUUUUCAGUCACUAAUGUUCAGCGAAGAAGAGAAAAGUAGGGAAUUCUAUUGACAGAGUCUUUUGAUCAGCGCUUGUUAGCAUCUGCAGCCCCUGUUGGGUACCUGGCUCCAAGCACAGCAAAUGGUGAGACCUAAGGUGUAGCUAAUGUGGUUAGAGAACCCUCCAGCUUUGAUGGGAAGGAGCUUCAAAAGUAUCUCACGGUGUUCUGAGGAACAAGCAUCCAGUGCAUUUCCUGACCGGUGGUAACAGACAAGCCUCCCCCCAGACGGCCUGUAAGGAAAUGAUAGCAUCAGAGAUCCCAAAGCUUUCUGUUUAGGUACCUCAAAGUAGGGCAAGGGGCCAGUAUCUUGAAAGACAGAGUUUGGGGUUUGUGUGUGUGAGGGAGACAGAGACAAAAACGUAUAUAUUUAUAAAGCAUGCCAUAUGCUAUUUGUUCAAUGCAAUCUGCAUUUUAUUUUUAUCUCCUCUUACUUCAAAGAUAGGGAAAGCCUAUUAGUAAAUCUAGUCCUAUGUAUAUGCAUAUAUAUCUAUAUUAAUAUCAAGGUUUUUGUAUUGAGAAAUUGACUUAAAAAUGCUUAUCACUUCUGGCAAAACCUCAGAUAUUGAUAAAUCUGGAUCUUCUUAUUGGAGGAUCACUUCUUAUUUUACAUUAGUUCUUUCUUUUAUAUGGUAAUUAUGAGCUUGGGGAAAAAAAGAGUGUAUUGAUUUACUACAAUCUACUGUGAUCCAAGUGACCCUCUCUCCAGGAAAAGUGAAGAAAAGAUGCUGUACUGAUUCACAUCUCUUGGCAUUUACUGGGCACCUACUUCAUGGAAGGCAUUGGACUGGCUGCAGCAGAUACAAUGAUGGAUAAGGCAGGCUCAACCCUUAGCCGUUUUCAGUUUCUUUUGGAGAGGAAACUCGGAAGAACUUAGUGACAACAGCACAAGCCUGAGGAGAAGAACAUAUGAGAGCCCUCUUGUGGGGGCUCAAAGGGGCACAGAUCUCAUUUCAGGGACCAGGAAGAGCUCCAGUGAGUUAAGUCUGAAGGAUUUGCCAUAUUGUAAUUCUAAAAAAACACAUCCCAGCCUCUUUUCAUUCAUUCAUUUGCUCAUUCCACAAACGUGAGUGCCUGCCCUGUGUCAGGUGGCUCUCUGGGCACUGAGGAUGUAUCAGUGAACAAAACAAAGCCCCCUUCAUUGAGCACACAGCCCAGCUGGAACGCCUUCCAUCACAGCAGCUACUUGGGCAAAAAUUUGCAAAGGAUAGCUUGCAUCUCCUCUGCUCUGACUCAAACUUGUGUUUGGUGACCAUUCAGAAGUUUCCUGUUACAUGUGACAUUAGCCUUCAGCAGGGCUGGGCAGUUCUUGGUGGUCUCAGGUGUGCCUGACGUGGGUGCCAUAUGUAAGUACAGUGUCAAUGGUGCCCUAGGCUCUUUGGUAGCAUCGAUGACAUCACUAACAGAAUGAGCGAUGCCCAUCGAUGGCCCUUUGGCCAUGGAAUCAGAGUCCACUUAGGGUCCUCAGGCUUUCUGGGAGAGGCAGGAGCAGGCUCACUGAAAAAGCAGAGCUGCCCCAGCCCAGCUGGGACACAGGAGGGGAAGGAUCUCUGAUGGGUCAUCGCAACCUUUCCUGAAUCUCUGCCACUUCCAAGUGUUUCCUCUUGGUAGAUCAUAGGUCAGCCAGCCCUUUCUCAAUCCUUCUCUGCAGUGUUAGCUGAUAAUUUCAGGAAGAUUAAAUCAGAAUUUUAAAAUGUUUUCCUGGAGUUGCUAUUUAAAAUAUUUAUCCUUCAAAGAAAGAUGUUGUCAGACCGAUACAUCUUUGUGAAUAAUGGCUUGGACUGCAUUAGUUGCCCCUGGGGUUGGGAUAGUGCCUUUCCCCUUAGGAGUAACUGAAGGUUUGGUGAGGAAAAUCAUAAGACCAGAAGUCUUUUAAGACCUAAAGAUCUGAAGCUCCUGAGGGUGGAACCCAGCCAUUAUAAAGAUUGUGGAGAACAGAUUUACAUGUUCCCUACACUACUCAGUAUGUUGGAAGCCUCCUUCUCCACAGUGCUUGAGUCCAGGCAGUGGGUCUACUCAGGCACCUGUCCUUCAAAUUCCAUGCUUUUCUCUCACUAUGUCUUUCUAGCCAAAUUUUUCUUCCUUAAGCCUAGUAAAGUUUGAGUUUCUGCUGUGUGAUCUGAAAAAGCCCUGUUUCCUUACCGUUUCUGUAAUAUUCCUUUCAAAUGAUUCUUCUCAUUUAUUUUUGUGCCCAGAAUCCCUCCUUUCACUCUGUAGUAGCUGUAUUACUUUCUUAUUACUGCACUAAUCAAUUACCACAAACUCAGUGGCUUAAGACAAUACAGAUUUAUUACUACCUUACAGCUAUGCAGGUCAAGCAAGGUCUGAAAUCAGAACUGGGCUGAAGUCAAGGCAUUGCCAGGGGCUAUUUCCUUCUGCUGGAGGCUCUAAUAUAGAAAAGUCCCCUACCUUUCCUGGCUUUUAAAGGUAGCCUGCUUUCCUUGGUCUGUGGCCCCUUCCUCACGUAACCCUGACUUCUGCCUCUUGCAUCUCAUCUCCUCAAACUCUGACCCUCCUCCCUCCCUCCAUUAGGAUUCUUGUGAUCACCUUGAGCCCACCCAAAUAAUUGACAUCCCCCAUCUCACAAUCCUUAACUGAAUCCCAAUUGCAAAGUCUCCUCUCCCACGUUCUAGGGAUGAGGAUGCAGACAUCUGUGGGGGACCAUUCUUUUGCCCAUCAUUGAAUAGGAGGAGAUAAGCUGAGUGAAUGAGAUGCUUGAGCAGUCUCCUCUGUCAUUCUAAUCCUUGCCCACCUGCCAGAGCAGUGAGUGACACUUUGAAACAAAGCCUAGGCCAAUAGCAUGUUUGUCCUUAAAUUUGUUCUCUGGUACAGCCGUUUUAAGCAUCCAUGUGGUGUUUCCUAGUGAGAAUGGAAAACCUGUGAAUGGUUACCCAUAUUCUGUGCAUCUUGAUCAACCAGCAAGUGUCACCUGACUGGCUUUGACAGAUACUGUAAUAGUCUAUCAAUACACUACAGGCACCAAAAUGUUACACAUUUCACAUCUUACUAUGUAAUACGUAUAACAUAUAAUGCAUGCACAUUAUACAUUGUGGGUAUAUGUAUAUUACAUGCAUUAUAUGUAUAGGUGUGUAUACAUUUAUUAUGUAUAUAAUAAUGUAGAAAAAUAUAUAAUAAUAUGUAAAAGCCUUGAAAUUUCCUUUCAGCUUUUAUCCCCUAGCCCUCUUUUUAUGGGUGUAUAUUUCCCCCCAUAAGAGGAAGUGCCCUUUAUUAUUGUUCAGCUACCAGCUCUGCCUCAGCUUAGAAGCCUGACUCCUAUACCUUUUUAGGGAGAAGACUUUAUGUAAAUGGGGGCCUCAGAGCUUAAAUCUUUCUGGCCAAGCUCAGAUUCAGGAUCAUUUGGUGCAGCGAAGGCGUCUCUUCCACUUUGCUGCACUGAUCAGAUUGUCCAAUCAAGCUUAGCAGAGGAAAUGACAUGGAACACCAGAUGUGGGAAAUCACUUAAAUAUGUGCCCUCCUGUCAGAUCACUGAAGUCCGCUUAAUUUGGGACACUCAGGUUUUUACCGUUAAGAUGCGGGAAGGUGGCAACAGUAAAACUGGUUCUGGAGUCCUUUGCCCUUGUGCAUGAGGUUCUGGCUUCAAAGGGGUUUUGGUUAUUAGUGCUGCACUGGGAUUUGUAUGCAUUUAGCUGCAUGAAGCCUGAAUUGCAUUAAUGGUUUUUAAAAGCAGAGAAUACGGAAAGGGAACACAGAGUCAUUUUCAAAAAUUGAUGUUCAAAAUUGUAACUCUGUUUUCACUAGAAGUUUACAUUAUAUUAUGGCCAGUAGUUUAUAAAGGCCUGGUAUCGCAUUGUCGUUAAGAGUGUGGGCUUUGAGGCAGGCUGCUUACUUGGGUUCAAAUACUGGCUUCACCACUUACUCACCAUGUUGCCUUAGGCAAGUUAUUUAACUUCUCUGUGCCUCAAUGUCCACAUCUGUGAGAUGGGGAAUUAUAAGAAAUAGUGCCUUCCUCAGAGUUGCUUUGAGGAUUAUAUAAAUGAGCAUAUAGAGGCACUGAAGACUGUCUGGCACAAAGUAAGUACUCAAUAAACAUUGGUGGUUACUACUAAGUUAUUAUGGUUAUUACUCUGCAGAGUUUGGAAACAACACAUUUUUGAAAGAUUUUCAUCCCCAAUUGUUAAGACCGAGAAAAAACUGCAGAUGCUUCAAGGAAGUGAAUGUUGAGCUGUGCAGAUGUAUCCUUCUGGGGUCUCAGGCUGUUGUUUAACCACAUUUAACUAUAAGUAAUUAUCUACUUGUACACUUGCUUCCUUAAGAAAUACACUUUGAACAGCACGUUACUGAGACCAAGAAAAAACACGUAGAUUCUUCAAGGAAGUGAAUGUUGAGCUAUGCAGAUGUAUCCUUCUGGGGUCUGAGACUGUUGUUUAACCACAUUUAACUAUAAGUAAUUAUCUACUUGUACACUUGCUUCCUUGAGAAAUCCAUGUUGCACAGCACAUUAUUGUCGUAGCCAUGGUGGCAUUUACAUUGUAUAAACUGGAGGGAAGUUGCCAAGAAUUUUCCAUUAAUGAACUGAUUUUUCCAGAAGGAGGUAGAUACAUUGUUAGCAAAAUAUAUGACUGGCAUGUUUGUCAGAAAUCUUCAGGGAGAUGAAUUUUAGGAGAAACUAAGCAUUUUCUCCUCCAAGGUAAAACCAAGUUAUUAGAUAAUUUCAAAUUCAUGUCAAAUUACUUAAUCAUCCUUUCCAUAGAUGCUGCUGGUAAAAAUAGUUUAUAUAAGCUCAUAUCAUAUUUCAGACUGGGUCAUUUUUUUAUUUGAAUUACUGUCUUCCUGAACUACCAGGUUCCCUGGCACCGACGUUCACCCCUGUUUUAUAAUUGUUCCCCAUAACAUUUUGCAAUAUAUUAAGAGACUUUUAUGCAAAUUGCCAAUAUUAUACUAGUUGCUCCUUUAUCGUGAUCCUUGUUAGCAAUACCUGUUAGGAUGAACAUUAUGGAAGAUUUCUUAAAGUCCCAUUUGACUUAUUGGAAUUCACACAAUUACUUCCUCCUUGGCUGUCCCCAGCUUUUCUCUCCUUGUUCAGAUGUUUAAUUAUAUAUUCAUCAAAUGUUAGACCUGAGAGAAAGAUCUUGGAGAGCAUAUUGUCCUACUGUAUCACUUUACCAUCAGGAUUCUUACCCAGAGAGACAAGACUUCCAGACAACACUAACCUGCUAGUCAGUUCAAGAGCUACAACUAGAUUUUGAUUCAUUUGGUAACUAUAUUAAAGGGAUUGAGAAGAGAAUCACAUUUACCCCGCGCAAAGACAAAAAAAAAAAAAAAAAAGCCUGCCAUCUCUUAAGGAAGUCACAGUUUAAAGAGGUGACAAUCAGGUGAAUAGAUAAUUACAGAAUUGUCUUCUGAUUUCCAGCCCGUUGCUCAUUCCCCUACACUAGAGUGCCCUGUAUCAGUGUGAUAUAAUUAUUUGGUAUAUACCGUUUUAGUCCAUCUGCACAAUGGUAAACUAGGCAGCUUUGUUUUUUAUGCCUACCUUUACAUUUAUCCAAUUCCUUGUUUUUCUAUCUGACCUUCACCAAAAAACACUCAUGAGUGCCCAAGCUAUGCCAGACACCAGUGUCGCUUCAAUGCUACAUAGCAGGGAAAGAAAAUCACAGUCCUUGGCUUCAAGUAAUUUAUAGUCCAGUUGAAGGAGAUAGGCAUAUAGAGAACAUAGUACAAAGAUGUAAAAAGAACUUAAAAAGAACUGUAAUAUAAAUGACAAGGUGCAUUGAAGACGGUUUCAGUGUUGCUAAAUCCUCCUAAGGCUUUCACAGAUAUUUCAUGUGUUAGUUAAUGGAAUGAACUUUAAAAUGUACCUUCUCAGGGGCAUUUACAUUUUAAAGGAGGUUGGAAAUCUUGCUUUACUAUCUUCCCUCCUCUCCCUCUUUCCCUUUCCUUUCUCUUAAGGGAGGCAUGGUAAACAUGGCCAGAAUGUGUCGUUUCUGAAAGAGGCCUUGCUGGUAGACCUCACUCUCGCUCCAGACUGGAGCAGCCACCUUCCUUUACCCCACUCUACAAAGAGAAGCCAUUUACCAAUCCUGCACUCUCUCUAUCACAGUCUGGUUACCACCUUCAUUCAUUAGUCCAUUCAUUCAUUUGUUUGUUCAACUGAAUGUCCGCUGUGUGUAGUUACGCUGUGUGUAGUUACAGUGGAAAGCAAAGACAGACACGGCUCUAUUUGAAAAGAGCUUAUAGUCUAGACUAGAUAGAAAAACUAAAUUUAAUCAAUAUAAAUGUGAAAUGACAACUGGGUUAAGUUAUUAACGUGGUGUUUUAAGAAUAGCUGAACACUGGAAUCAAGGUUGAGUGCAAGGUGGGAGAGAGAUGAACAUUCAAAGCUGAGGAAGCACAAGCAAGGAUCUGGCAGGAAAAACUUGAUGCAUGGUGGACCCAGUAAGAAGGCCAAUGUAGGUGAACAAAAGGGAGAAUGUGGCGACCAGGCUGAAGAGGUGGGCAAGGCCUGACCAUGCUGGGCCUUAUAGGCUGGGUAAGGACAUCUUAUUUUAUCAAUAGCAAUAGGAAGCCCCCAAAAUGCUUAAGCAAAGCAUGUUGCAUGACUAGAUUUGGUUUCCAAAAAGACGUAUUUUGGCUGUUUUGUGGAGAAUAGAUUGGAAGGGGAAAGUGGGGCUACAGGGCCAAGAGAUGGCUAUUGCAAUAGCUACACUGGAGAUAAUGGUAGCCAGGGCUGAGGUUAUGGCCAAGGUGAUGAGGGAAGUGAACAGAUACUAACAUUAAUAAAUACUAAAAUUUCCAGAACUUGCUACUUAUUUGACUAUGAGGUGAUGAUGGAUGACCCCAAGUGUCUGACUUGUGGAACUGGAUGGAUGGUGUUGCCAUUUAUUGAUAAAAAGGACAUAGGUAGUUGAGAUUUAGGUUUGAACACAUUGACCUUGAGGCUUACCUGAGAUGCUGAGGUAAACAUGUUGCACAGGCAAUUCAAAAUAGUCUGGGGCUUACGGGAGAUAUGGGGACUAGAAUAUACAUUUGUGGGUAAUCUUCAUUUAGGAUAUAUUUGAAACUGAGGGUAUGGAGAAGAUCAACUAGAAGAAUGGAAUGAGAACCAAGGGAUUUGGGGUGAGUCUUAAGGAACUCAGGCAUUUAGUGACCAGGGGAAGGAUAAUAAACCAGCAUGGAAUAGGCAGAGCUGGGCAAGUGAGAGAGAGCCAGGGUGUGGGAGUUAUAGAAGCCAAGGAAUAUACAUACAUACUUCAAGAUACUAAGUGUAGCCAACAUAUCACACAGCACAUCACAAAAGUAAUGACUUUGUUAAUGACUAACAAAGAGCCAUUGUUAUUUAGGCUACAUAAGAGUCAUUGGCGACCUUAUUGAGAAAUGAGCAUUUUGGGGAGGCAGAGGUAAGGUUUAAAGUGGAUUGAGAAAAAAGUGGGAGGAAAUAGAGACAGUGAGGAGAGACAACUCAAGGGAAGGAGAGAGACCAAGUGGUAGUUGGAGGUGAUGUGCGAGUCAAGGAAAGUUUUAUAAAAAAAGUAGUAGACUUCUGUGUAUUUCCAAGUCAACAAAAAACACCAAGGAUGAACCCCAAUGUAAAGUAUGGAUGUAGGUGAUGAUUAUGUGUCUGUGUACGUUCACCAAGUUGUAACAAAUCCCCUUUGGCAGGAGAUGUUGAUAAUGAGGGAGGCUAUGCAUGUGUGUAGGAGGGAGGUAUAUGGGAAAUGUCUGUGCCUACUUCCCAUUUUUGCUGUGAACCCAAAAUUCCUCUAAGAAAUAAAGUCUAUUAAAAAGUCAAUAAAAGGAUCCAGUAGAGAAGGAGAGAUUGACUACAUGAGUGAGGGAGAGAGGGCAUACCCAGUGGUGCAUUGUUCUUGAAAGAAGACGGGACAUCAUGGUACCCAAAGCUGAAGGAGGUGAAUAGCAUUGACCUCAGAAUGGAGAGACAGAUAACUAUAGGUUUCUCAGUUCAGCGACUGGAAAUUGAUGGAGCCCCCACCUGAGUGGCUUCUCUCUGCUCUGUGAAGUACAUGGGAGGGCUUUCUUGAGGAUGAAUGAGGGAGAGGUCAGGUCAGGGUGGUUUGAGGAUAAUGGAGAACAUUUGAAAUAGUAUGAUGGAGUGGGGAAGCAGGCUGAGCAGAGAAGCCAGGCCUUUGUGUGGUGGGUGCUGUGAAUGAGGAUGAGGCUGUCCCCCUGUGGUUCGACUUAGGCACAGAUCCUUUCUGGGUGUCUCAUACUGCCAAAGCACACCAGCCUCCUUCCUUCAUUGGGAAACCUUUUAUUGAACUAAUCUCUCCAGAAGUUACUGUGUUCAACUGGACAAAAAGAUAUUUUACAUUGAAUGGAAAAAAAAAAAAAGGAAAAAUGUUUUUAUUGUUUUGCUUAGAUUUUCUACUUGGGCUUAUCUUUGACAUGGAUCCAGGCCACUGUAAUUUUUUAUUAACUUCUUACCAUGAGUUAUUCUGUCUCAACAUGUUUUUAAAUUCACAACAUGUUUUUUUCACAGUAUUCGUUUCUUCUCUCAGCUCUUUUAUUACAGACUGUAUUUUUCAUUUGUUUUAUGUACCCAUCCUUACAAUGCAUUGCUUACAAUAUUAUUACUGCUGUUCUGUAUGCAUAUUAUUGCUUUGGUUUUGCAGGGACUUCCCUGUGAAUAGCAGAAUGUAAUUUAUGAAAUAUGACAAUCAUUGUCGUAACACCUCUGUGCUAUAUGUUACACUUGCUCCAACAGCAAUGUGGAAGUCAUUACCCAUACUGCCAGCUUCCAAAGCUUCAUGUAACCCCUUGUGUGCAGAAGGAGCCUCCCAGGAUUCCUCUCAGGAUGUAGUCAGAGAGAGAAGUAUUGUCUACUGAGGCCAUUCCCAUUUCUGGCAUUUGCCAUUUCAACUAAUUCAGGAACAAGUGUUACCUAGAUUAGUUGAAAUGUGUGUAAAGACCGCAUAAUACUAUCAGUAAUUAACCAAAAUUAUAAGUAUCUAAGAAAAUGAUGCUAACUAGCUAUUUUUCAGGUUCUUUCAUGAGAAGCUAGCAAUGUAUAAUAGCACUGGUCAAAAGGGAAGGUGCCUGGGGAAGGCUGCCUGGGUUUGAAUGCCGGGCCUGCCAUUUGCCGGCCAUGUGUGACCUUGGACAGGUUAGAACUUCUUUGUGCCCCUUUUUACUUCUGUAUAAACUAGACCUAAUACUACUUAAUCUCAUAUGAUUAUUAUAACCAUUGAAAGAGUUAACUCACAGGGCACCUGGGUGGCCCAGUCAGUUAAGCAUCCGACUUUGGCUCAGGUUGUGAUCUCGCAGUUCAUGAGUUUGAGGCCUGUGUCGGGCUCUGUGCUGACAGCUCAGAGCCUGGAGCCUGCUUCGGAUUCUGUGUCUCCCUCUCUCUCUACCCCUCCCCCACUCAUGUUCUGUCUCUCUCUCU